GCGGUGUUUUUGUCUCGCUGUCAGUGAGCGCUGCUGGCCUUUGAUAUCAGGAGGGACUACGAGGUGGGAGUAGGAGAACCAGAGCCACAGGAAUAGCAGAAGCCUGGAGAGGAGAGACUGGGGGAGGAGAGACCUUCCCGGCAGUGCUGUGAGGUGAACCGUGGGGUGAACGUGAGACUGCAGCCACGGGUGAAUCAUGGCUCAGGUGCUGCAUAUGGACCCCAGCUUCCCAGGGAAGCUCAACCCCCCUGCGCCCCCCUCCCUGCACGGAAAGGACGCGGAGGCCCCUUACUCGGUGGAGACGCCCUACGGCUACCGUCUGGACCUCGACUUCCUCAAGUACGUCAACGACAUCGAGAAGGGCCACACGAUCAAGCGCGUGCCCGUCCAGCGCCGGCCCCGCUACGGCUCCCUGCCGCGCGGCUACGGCUACACCGGCUCCUGGUGGACCUCCACCGAGUCGCUGUGCUCCAACGCUAGCGUGGACAGCCGCCACUCCUCCUUCUCCUACUGCGCGCCGGGCUACCACCACCCGCACCUCCACCACCACCACCACGGCGGAGGAGGAGGCGCAGGAGGAGGAGGGUCCGCCGCCGCGACCCUGCAGCGUCCGAGCUUCAGCGCCGCCCGCGUGGAGAAGACCCUGCUGGACGCCCGGCGGAAGCUGGAGGAGGAGAAGGAGGGCCGGCGCUUCACCAACCUGGGCAGCAUGCACAGCAGCGUGGCAGGCUCCACCACCUCCCUCUCCAGCGCCCACAGCUACAACCGCGCCCACGGUGGAGGAGCUGGUGGAGGAGGAGGAGGAGGAGGAGGAGGAGGCUCCUACACGCCCAUGAGCUCGGGGCUGUCCACGCCGGUGUCGCCCACGCCGGCGCACCUGCAGCACGUGCGCGAGCAGAUGGCGGCGGCGCUGCGCAAGAUCCGCGAGCUGGAGGAGCAGGUGAAGACCAUCCCCGUGCUGCAGGUCAAGAUCUCCGUGCUGCAGGAGGAGAAGCGGCAGCUCAGCGUCCAGCUCAAGAGCCAGAAGUUCCUCGGACACACGCUGGGCUUCGGCGGGAGCGGUAGCGGGCGAGGCGGGCGGCCGCGCGGCGAGCUCUACAUCGACAUCCCCGAGGAGGACGCCUCCACGACCGCGACGACGACAGCGACGACGAGCGAAGGCGCGGGGGGAACGACGCCCACGACGCCGGCCGACGGCUCCCGGCAGGACUCGGGCUGCGAGAUCGAGGACACGGUGAUCGUGGGGGGCGCGCGGCCCGGCGCUCGGCGAGAGGUGCGCACCGUCGGCGUGGGGCCCGACGACAACGACGAGCGGGAGGCGGAGAAGAAACACUACCGGCAGGUGGGCGUGGGCGUGCGCGAGCAGGACCUGGGGCUGCCGCUCGAGACCGAGUCGCUCAAGAGCCAGGUGGGCCGGCUGGAGGCGCAGCUGCAGAAGGCCAUGCGGGACCUCCAGGAGCAGGCCGAGGCGGCCCAGAGGGCCCGGCAGGCCCAGGCCCAGCCCAAAGCCGAGCACCCGGUCCGCGCCACCAGCCUGGGCUGGCAGGAGCAGCAGCAGACACAGCCGCAGGGCGGCGGAGGAGGACGGAGCUCCAGCCUGCAGACGGUGGUCAGCUUCACCCAGCAGCCCCAGCAGCGCGAGCAGAGGACCGUGGGCAUCCAGGUGUACACGCUGGAGCAGCCCAUGUUGGUGAGGGCACAAGCGGGUCCCUCCAUUGCCAGCGUGCCCUCCGGGGCCCUACUGGAAGGACCACUCAGGGGCCAGGCGGAGGCUCUCAGCACAGAGGAAGGCCCCCGAGAGCUGCCCAUCGCAAUCAGCUCCAAGCAAGUGAGAGAGGUCCUCUUGAAGAGCGAGGUGUCCUCUUCAGUGCCCGUCACCAGCCCUGUGAUUGUCAUGGAAACCAAGUGCCAUCAGGUGACCCCUUUGACCCCGGGGUCAAAUGAAGGAGAGGCUGGUCAGAACACCACUGGGGAGGACCUCCAGUCACAGGAGUCUACAAAGCUAGCCUCUCCCCAGUCCACUCUGAGGUCCAUUAUGAAGCGGAAAGCAGAUGGAGAACCCGGAUCCCCCACCACUAAGAAGAACCUGCAGUUCAUUGGUGUGAAUGGAGGGUAUGAGUCCACAUCCUCGGAGGAGAGCAGUAGCGACAGCUCCGAGGACGAGAGUGACACGAGUGAAUACCACGAGGCCGCCGAGAAGCUUCCGGAGUCUGCGGCCCGUCCACCUCCGCCCGAGGCCACCAGUCCCCCCGAGACGACCGCUGCCCGAGAGACUGCCCUCCCCGAGCCCCCGCAACAGCUCAGCACUGCCCCAGCGCUAGCCAAUGAGCAGCUGGCUCCCCAGAGCACCGGCCAAUCAGCUGCCACGGACGCAAACCCUCAACAGACUGUUAGCCAAUCACCGGUCGCGGCGGUGGCGGCUGCAGAGGACUGUCCCACCGCCUCCGUGCCAUCUCAUGCCAGCGGCGGCUCUUCUGGCCAGGCGGAGGGCACUGCCACCGAACAACCCCACGUCCAGCCAGCUCCUCCGUCUGCCUCAGAACAAACUGCCCCCCAAGCCAAACACUCUCACACUGGUGCUGCCCAGUCAGAGGCCCAAGACCUCGCCACUCAAACCACUGCCCCGGCCCCGGCCCCUCAGCAGCAGCAGCAGCAAGCUAGCCAAUCACAAACCACUGACCUUACUCCUCAGCAGGGAGUCAACCAAUCACCAGCCGCAGAUUCUAGCUCCCAGCAACCAGCUAGCCAAUCCACGGCCGCAGAGCCAGCAUCUGGGAACGUGUGCUCUGCAUCGCCAGCCAGUCAGGAAAUCAAACUGGAACUCGGCGAGAGCCUGAUGACAGCACUUCAAACACUACAGAAAGCUCUUGGUGAACCCAAUGCCUUCAGCCAGCAGGGGGCGAGGACAGCCUACACCUCAGUGCUCCAGGAGUGGCUGCGCGUGUCGUGCCAUAAAGGGGCGGACACCGCGGUGGUCAGGGCCUACAUGGACACCUUCUCCUCCCUCUCGCCCCAGCUGCUGGAGUUCGUCAUCAACAUGGCCGACGGAAACGGCAACACUGCCCUGCACUACACUGUCUCUCACUCAAACUUCCCCGUCGUCAAACUACUGUUGGAUACUGGCCUGUGUAACGCUGAUAAGCAGAACAAGGCCGGCUACACAGCCAUCAUGCUGACCGCUCUGGCCGCCUUCAGCUCCGACAGCGACCUGCAGACCGUCCUCCAGCUGCUGAGGACCGGGGACGUCAACGCCAAAGCCAGCCAGGCGGGUCAGACGGCUCUCAUGCUGGCGGUGAGUCACGGGCGCGGCGACAUGGUGCGGGCGCUGCUGUCCUGCGGGGCGCAGGUCAAUCUCCGCGACGACGACGGCUCCACGGCGCUCAUGUGCGCGUGCGAGCACGGCCACGUGGACAUCGUGCGGCAGCUGCUCUCCGUGCCCGGCUGCGACGCCACGCUGACCGACAACGAUGGCAGCACAGCUCUCUCCAUAGCACUGGAGGCCAGUCAGAAUGACAUCGCCGUGCUCCUGUAUGCCCACCUCAACUUUGCAAAGCCUCCGUCCCCUGUGUCGCCAAAGUCCCCACUGUUGGGCUCCUCUCCCCCUGCUGGUGAAAUGAAGUAAUGACAGAUGAUAAUGGAUUCGUGUAUUUAACACAACUUCCACCACCAUUUCCUCAAGCAUUCCACCACAAUUUUAUGUGUCUGAACGUGUGUGCACAUACACAUCUGAGUGUGUCUGCUUUCAAACACAACUCAGAAAGGGUGUGUGUGUGUGUGUGUGUGUGUGUGUGUGUGAGUGUGUGUCUGUAUGCGUGUGCGUGUGUUUAUGCGUGAGUGUGUACAUACCCCUGUGUUUAAAUGUGCAAUUUUGAAUACCCACAUUUCUCAUGUGUGUGUCUGUGUGCACACAUCAUAUAGUAUGUUUGAUAUUGUGUUGUCUAUAGGGCCUAUAUUAUGGAAAUGUGCGCACAUAUGCAAGAAAACACUUGACAUAACUCACAUACGUUUUUUUUUUGAAGAAACACAUCAUUUUUGUCUGUGGUGUCGAGGUUAGCUCUCAUUUUCUCAGAUGUGUUGUUUUGUUUGGAUAGGACAUGAGCUAAGCCAUUAGGUUGUGUUUGUUUGUAGCAGCAGUAGCAGUCACACAUGACGGAAUCCAUUCUCACAAGCUAUUCAGCAAUAUUAGUGCACAAACUUAUACCUGUUUAACAUCCACCUCAGAGUGGAGUAGGAGUCUUUCAUAAGCAUUAGACUAAUGCAUUUUACACCGCUGUAGUCCAUAUUUCAUUUGUAAAAUCAUUUAUUUGUAUCAACCAAUAUGUUUAAUUGAAAGUUUUUCAGUCACGUGGAUGUUUUUCCAUACGAAAGCAUCAGUUAUUUCAGUGAACUGUCAGGGAGAUCCUGUUUAGUUGUCGAAACCGACAUCAAAGUGUCCUUUUUUUAAUGCAACUGCCUUGGGUGAACACAGUGGUUCCACUGCAUCCAAACUUACUCAGAUGAACGAAUAUGACCAGCCAUUUCAGCACAAUCACAGCAUGUCUCCAGAUAGGACCUUUAUUUCUAAUGCUUCAUUUGUACUAUUUUGAUAACAUUUUAAGCCAUUUUGAAAAAAGCGCUACAAUGUUAACAGCAACAACACUCUACUCAAGUCCUCUCCGAUCUUACUGAAUUGCAGUACACUAUGCUUUUAUUGAAUGAACAACCUCAAAGAAUUGCCAUAGUGUGACGUUAGAACAAUAGUCCAUCUGCAAAUGCAGCUGAACCAGAUGCCGCUGUCAUAGUAAGAGAUGGGGACCAGAGUGGUGUUUUCAAUGCCAUGCACCUAGAUCCUCUUUUUUCAAUCAUUGUUUAGCGUUUAACUAUCACAAACUCCCUUGGAUACUACGGUGUGAAACGUGUUGGAAAUGGUCUUUCCAAAGAUGAAUGUGGUAUUUGUGUUUCUGAUCAAAAAUGAUAGAUGAUAAAGGUGAAAGAGAAACUUGAUUUAGGGAAUGAACCCCUAUUGACUAUUGAAGAGACUUAUUCAUCUGCCACUGACAAGUCCUUGACAAUUAAUUUAGGUACUAGAGUAUGAGGUAAAGCUAUUGGCAUGAGGUUGUUUUUUUUUUGCGGGAUGACUUCGUGAUGGAUGGUGAUUUGAGGACGGGUCGAGUUGUUUGGUACUUUGGCCUUUCUGGGCUUCCAUGCACUCUUAGGGAAAAAAGGUGCUAUAUAGAACCAUAUUGCAUGCUUCAUAUGGCACCCCUAAAUGAUUCUUUAAACCAAUUUGAAGGGUCCAUCAAAGGAACCCCUAAGGGUUCUUUAAAGCCUGCAUGGUUCUAUGUAGCACCCCCAAGAACCCUUUUUUUAAAGAGUGCGUGUAUUGGCAGCUCACGGGUCACCGAGGAGACAAGACGUGCAGGAACCAGAAUGUGUAAUCAAAGCCUAAGAAACAAACAUUAUGAAGUACGUGAUAGUCCGAAGGAGAGUGAAGUACCAAAAAAAAAAAUGGAAUAAUAUAUCAUCAGACCGUGAAGAAAAUGAGCAAACAAACAUUAGAGAGAAUCGUUAUUUAGGAUGACAGACAUUGUUGGAAGCCCUCUGGCAACAGAGAUUUAGAGAAAGGUGUAGAGAAAGGAAAAUUGUGUCUAGGUUUUUUGUUAACACACCUAGAUUUUUUUCACAUACCUUUAUAUUUUGGACUAAUUGGGUUUUGUAUCAUUUUUUCUACAUGUUUCUUGUAUUUACCUUUAUAUCUUUAUAUCAGUAAUAUUUCUUCACUAUUCUGUAUGUCUGUAUACGUCAUAUUUGCCUUGUUCUAUACCCAUAUGUACUCACUUUGUAUGUUUUGUUUGGUUUUUAUGUUUUUGAAAAUAAACCUAGACCUUUAGA